GUGUUCACGAGGACAACCAGCUCACCAUCCACAGCGACAUGACGGCUAUCGUCAGGGCGAUGGCCAAUCAGGAGUCAGGCCUGGAGGUCCGGGACCGCAUGUGGCUGAAGAUCACCAUCCCCAACGCCUUCAUCGGUUCUGACGUGGUGGACUGGCUGCACCGGGUCGUGGACGGGUUCACGGAUCGCCGCGAGGCCCGCAGGUUCGCCGGGACGCUCCUGAAGGCCGGCUUCAUCCGGCACACCGUCAACAAGGUCACCUUCUCCGAGCAGUGCUACUACGUGUUCGGAGACCUGUGUGGAGAGCUGGGAGUGCUGACCCUGGAUCCUGAGGAGGUCUGCAGGUCUGACCCCCCCGACCCCCAGAGACCCCCAGCAUUCCCCUACCAGCUGCCCUCCUGGGGGGGGAGUCCCCACAGCGAAGGAAGUCGCAGCAGCGGCUCAAACUGCAGCGACGCUCAGAGGGCGGGACGAGGACGAAGCGGCCAAUCAGAGCCCGCCAAACAGGAAGUGAGCGCGUCGCCUGACACACAGCCGGCGACGGCUGUUUCCCCCGGCAACAACAGCAGUCUCCAUGGCAACAGAGAGUCAGACGACCCCCCGCCUCCAGAUGGAGCACUUCCCGCCUCUCGUCAGUCCUUCUGCCUCGCCAUGGGAAACCCCGCAGAUUUCUUUGUGGACGUCAUGUGAUCACAUGACGACCCGUAGAGACGUUCAGCUGAGGGACACGUUUACGUUUAUUCACUCAUUCAGGGAGGUUUGACUGCAGCAGGAAGUAGCUGUACAUUUAUUUAAGAAGAGCUAUUGAACUUCAGUGUUCCCUCUGUCGCACAUCACAGGUCUGUAGAGCGCUUACAGGUCUGUAGAGCGCCUACAGGUCUGUAGAGCGCCUACAGGUCUGUAGAGCGCCUACAGGUCUGUAGAGCGCCUUCAGGUCUGUAGAGCGCCUACAGGUCUGUAGAGCGCCUACAGGUCUGUAGAGCGCCUACAGGUCUGUAGAGCACCUACAGGUCUGUAGAGCGCCUACAGGUCUGUAGAGCGCCUACAGGUCUGUAGAGCACCCACAGGUCUGUAGGUCUGUAGAGCACCCACAGGUCUGUAGAGCGCCUACAGGUCUGUAGAGCGCCUACAGGUCUGUAGAGCGCCUACAGGUCUGUAGAGCACCUACAGGUCUGUAGAGCACCUACAGGUCUGUAGAGCGCCUACAGGUCUGUAGAGCACCUACAGGUCUGUAGAGCGCCCACAGGUCUGUAGAGCGCCUACAGGUCUGUAGAGCGCCUACAGGUCUGUAGAGCGCCUACAGGUCUGUAGAGCGCCUACAGGUCUGUAGAGCGCCUACAGGUCUGUAGAGCGCCUACAGGUCUGUAGAGCGCCUACAGGUCUGUAGAGCGCCUACAGGUCUGUAGAGCGCCUACAGGUCUGUAGAGCACCUACAGGUCUGUAGACAGAGGGGGCGAGCUGGAGCCAAACCAAAAGAGAACACUGUGAUUUCUGUUAUUAGUGAACGUGUAGCGUAACCUCUGGACUUCCAUCUUCUCCUAAACCCUAACCUCUACUUUAACCCAGUUUGUUUUCUGUACCGAGCUUUAUUCUGAAGGACUGAGACACUCGUGCACUUUAGUGUCCGGUCGUAUCGUGCAGAUGAAGAAGCAUUGAGAAAACAUUCAAGCUCAAAACACAACAGAGACCAGGGGACACUAAAGAGUGACGCACACAGCUGGGAGACCAGGGGACACUAAAGAGUGACGCACACAGCUGGGAGACCAGGGGACA